AUGCAACGUUUGUGUAUUCUGCUACUUCUAGCCGGAGUGAUAUCGGCACAAGAUUCCGGAUGCGGUUCUCCGCGAUACAUGACAACUGAAACAGGAUCGUUUGCAUCUCAUGCUACCUUUGAUGGCGAAACCACGUAUGACAGUUUUUCCGAUUGUCACUGGAAUAUUGAUAUCCCUGAUACUAACUUGGUAGUGGAGUUACAGUUCAGUCAUAUGCACACUGAGGCUGGUGCAAAUUGCCCAUUCGAUGGUUUAAAAGUUUACGAUGGCGUUGAUGACACCUCUCCGAUUCUAGCAACUCUAUGUGGUAUUAAUGCACCAUACCCUAUUGCUGCAACUGGUCCAUCUAUGUAUUGCAAUUUUUAUAGUGAUUUUGCUGUUCAACAUACUGGAUUUCUUGCCAACUAUAUAUCACGUGUAGAACCUCUAACAUGUACUGAACCAAUGUUCUUAUGUGGAAACGAUUAUAAUGGCUACUGUGCCAUUCAAGAAGAACGAUGCGAUGGCAAAAAUCAAUGUAUAACUGACGAAGAAGGGUGCCCAGGAAAUGCUGUGAACUGUGGAGAGCCGGCGAUACCACCUGAUACUACUUGGCCUGUAGCUAAUGAUGACGUCGUGACCAUCAAGAUUGUCAACGGGACUGAAGCCGUUCCCCACAGUUGGCCAUGGAUGUUCUCUUUGGAUAGUAUGGGUAUCCAGUCAUGUAGUAUUACUUUAUUUACACCUCUCUUUGAAUAG